AUGAAUUAACAUAAUAGUAUAAUGGAUCAACAUUUUCUAUCCCAAUAAUAUGGUACCAUGAUAAUAAAUAAUAGAAUCAUUCAAUUAAAUAAAUAAAGAUAAUAUUUAUAAUGAUGUCAACAAGAUAAUUGAAUUAUAUAAAAGUCAUAAUGAGCUUAAAAGUAAAUUAAAUAAAUAAUUUAGAAAUUAAGUAACAUCAAAAUUUACUACUUUAGAAAUUAAUGUAUUCUCUAUUAACAAAAGCAAACACAAAAAAAUACAAACAAAGUUAGUCUAUCAUAAAAUAUUGGACAAAAAAGGACAACAUAAUCUCCUAUUUCUAUUAAAUAAAAAUCUUUGCCAUAAUAAUCAUUGUAUUGUUCAUUUCAUCAAUCUAAAAAAGUAACCAUUCUAUUUAAAAUAAGGCAUUCUUGAAAUCAAAAUUAAAUAUAUAGUUAAGAAUUUUCCAUCUUCAACGACAAGAAUAAUCGUAACAUCAACAUUUUUAUUCUCUUACUAAGAAUGUAUAAAUCAAUUAAAAUAAUUAAAAAUCAUUAUUAUAUGAGGAUAUCAACUCUUUAGAUUUGAUUAAAAUAGUUAAAAUGAAUAUAAAUAGCAAUAAUUAACUCAUUUAUAAUUAGCCAUUAAGUUCUUAUUAAAGGAAUGCAAUAAUUUAGUAGAAAUAUUUCAAAGCAAAGAUAUUGAAAUUUAAUAUAAUGACUUAAAAUAUUAAUUGGAAUAAAUGUUAAUAUCAAUCCAUAAAAAAUCGUUAAAAUUAAUUAAUUAGUUAUAGUCUAAUUUGAAUGCAUAAUAACUUUAAAAUUGUUUAGAUGAAUUAAAUUCUAUUAACGUGGAUAUUACUUAAAAUGAACAAAAUAUCUUGGAUAAUAUGUAGAUCAAACCUUUUAAGUAUUUAAUAUUAAAUAUUAUAAAGAUAUAUAAUGAGAAAAUAUGAAGAUAAAUUAUCUGGAUAUCUAAAAAUUAUUAAAAGUAAUGAAGUAAAUCAGCAGAAAUAAUUUAUAGAUGAUAGAUUAAAAUAAUUAACUAAAAUAAAAACCACUUUAAUCAAUUAUUUCAAUAAUCAAAAUAAAUAAAAUUCAUUAUUUCAAUCUUAAUAAUUAAGUUCUCGAAGAAACUAUAAAAAUAAUAAUGUAUAUAUUUCUUCUGAAAACAAAGAAAUGUUUUAAAUAUAAUAUUAUGAUUUAAUUUAUUCCUAGUAACUUAAAAUGAAUAAGCAUAUUUUAUUAAAGUCUCCAAAUUUUCAAAAUUGA